UUACUUUGUGCCACAUUUGAGUAUGAGGGAACACAACAUCACACAUUUAGUGCUCACAAACCGUGUUGCAGAAGAUCAGCAAAACAAUGCAGGUAAGAACUCUCAUGUUGGAAGCAAGGAUGAAAAUGCAGACAGGGGGAACUGGAGCAAUAAGAGAGAAUAUCUGUUGUCCAUGAUUGGAUAUGCAGUCGGACUUGGAAACGUGUGGAGGUUUCCGUACCUGGCGUACAAACAUGGAGGGGGAGCCUUCCUCAUUCCCUACACAAUCAUGCUGUCAGUCGCAGGGCUGCCACUCUUUUUUAUGGAGAGCUCUGUUGGACAGUUCUGUAGCCAGGGACCCAUUAAUAUGUGGAAAGCUGUGCCAAUAUUGCAAGGUGUUGGAAUUACCAUGAUGCUGGUUAGCACUUUAGUGUCCAUCUACUACAACAUCAUCAUCGCAUACAGCAUAUACUACAUGUUUGCAUCAUUUCAGUUCCCAUUGCCUUGGAGCGAUUGCUCAAGUUGGUCAGAGAAAGACUGCAAUAAAACAGUUAGAGAAUAUUGCAAAGUGACUGCCUACAACCUGAGUCUUGUGGCUGGGAAUCAAAACUGUACAGAUGAGUUCUUGAUUAAUGAACCAUUGAAGAGCUCCAGUGAGCAGUACUGGGACUGCGUGGCCCUCCAGCGCACUAGCAGUAUGGAUGAGACAGGGCCGGUGGUCUGGCACUUGGCACUCUGCCUGCUAUUGGGCUGGAUCAUAAUAGCUGCUGCCCUUUACAAAGGCAUUAAAUCUUCUGGGAAAGUCGUGUAUUUCACGGCAACAUUUCCGUAUGCUGUACUGCUCAUCCUGCUAAUACGUGGCGUUACUCUGGAUGGUUCAAGAGAUGGAAUCGAAUAUUACAUUGGCUCCCAGUCUAAUCUUACAAAACUGGCUGAGGCCGAGGUUUGGAAGGAUGCAGCAACUCAAAUAUUCUUCUCACUGUCUAUUGCAUGGGGUGGUCUAACAGCACUGUCUUCCUACAACAAAUUUUAUAACAACUCCUACAAAGACUCCAUGAUAGUGUGCAUCACAAACUGCAGUACUAGCAUCUUUGCUGGCUUUGCCAUAUUUUCCAUCCUUGGACACAUGGCACAUGUCUAUGGGAAACCAGUUUCAGAGGUUGCACAGGCUGGGUUUGCGCUGGCUUUCAUUGCUUACCCUGAUGCCCUUUCCAAACUUCCUGUGUCUCCGUUGUGGUCCAUCCUGUUCUUCUUCAUGCUCAUAACACUUGGCCUGGACUCUCAAUUUGCUGGAAUAGAGGUGAUCACAACAUGUCUCCAGGAUGCCUACCCCAGAAUCUUAAGACAGAGACGGGGCCCUAUUACCGUAAUCAUCUGUAUCAUACUCUUCCUUCUUGGCCUGCCGUGUGUCACCGGAGCAGGUAUAUACUGGGUGAAUCUGAUAGAUUCCUUCUGUUCUGGAUGGAUUCUUCUGAUCACUGGAUUGUUGGAGGUCGUCGGUCUCACCUGGUUAUAUGGUGGAAAUCGGUUUAUCCAAGACAUUGAAAUGAUGAUUGGGACAAAGACCAACCUUUUCUGGAUGUGGUGGAGGGCUUGCUGGUUUUUCAUCACUCCCGCUGUUCUUCUUGUCAUUCUUGUCUGGUCAUUGUACACGUUCACUGCUCCCAUGUACGGCUCAGUGGAAUAUCCACAGUGGGGCAUUGCUCUGGGUUGGUGUAUGACUGCCUUCUGCCUCAUGUGGAUCCCAAUUGUGGCUCUCUGGAGGAUAACAAAAGCCAGCGGAAGCUUAUGGCAGCGGAUCAAAUUAGCGUCUUUGCCCACUGAAGACUGGGGUCCCUACCUGGAACACCACAGGACUGAUCGCUAUGUCCGCAGAGAGACAAAAGACACAAAUCUCUUUGUAAUUACAAACCAAAACACUACCAGAGUAUAAGGUACCUUAUUAUCAUAUUUUGUUUAUGGUAGUUACAUCCAUUUUUUGGGAGUUAAGUUGUUACUGCUUUGUGGAUAUCAUAAGCCACAGUAGUGCUCAGGGAGAAUGUAUCUAUGUGGGCUAUGGCCAUCACGGACAAUUCCUCCACAGCCACCAGAGAACAUCGAACCAGAUCUGUCUCCAAACUUACCUCAUAACAUACACCUUCUCAGCCAUCAUCGCCACAUGAUAUAGAAUUAAACUAUCAUUAGCACCUUGUCAAUGUUCAGUUCAGAUAUUUUUACUUGACAGUUUAUGCUGCUUAUAUACAGUAACAUCGACUAACAUUUCACUACUAUUCCACUAAGUCUUUAAGAUUCUCCACCACACACAUAUUAUCUAGCAAUGACUAAAAUACUUUCUUCCUUAAAUAACAACACAUUUUCAAUACAGAAAAUUUUAGAAAGUUGAAAGAAGAAUUAGUCAUAAAGUCAUCUUAUAAUCUUUACUGAGUUUUCAAUCAAAAGCACUUAUUACUUAGUAGUGCUUAUGGCAGCAAGUAUUGGCCAUAAUCUUGAUACCUUAUCCAGCUCCGAUCUGUGAUGCUGUUUUGUUUUUACUGAGAAAUAACACUAAAGACUUUGUUUUUCUUUCUACACUGUAUACAUUCUGUGUCAAACCUCUAUUCAACAUCCUUGUUGUGGUCAUUAUUUUCCAAUUUGUGGAAUAGAGGAAUUGUUUUUUAUUGAUGGUGUUAAAACUUACAGUGUUUAGCGGUUUCAUGUUUUAGUGUUUCAUUUAGUGUCAUUUUUUGUUUGAAAUCAUAA